AUGUCUCACCAGGGAAGAUGCACUUCUGUAGUAGUACUUGCCAUCACUCUCCUCAUGACUCUGAACUCUCUUUCCUCUGUAUCUGCUCGACCAACUAUUCAUACUGUUGGCGAUGAUUCUGGCUGGACUUUCAACGUGGAAAGAUGGACCAGAGGGAAGAGGUUCCAGGCCGGAGAUAUACUUGCUUUCAACUAUGAUCCAUCAUUCCACAAUGUUGCAAUUGUUGGUGUCCACGGCUACACAAGUUGCACUACUGCUUCUUCGAAUUCUAGGACUUACACUAGUGGAAACGAUCGAAUGAUACUGUUGAGGGGAUGGAACUACUUCAUUUGUAGCAUUCCUGACCAUUGCCAGGAGGGAAUGAGAAUAGCAGUUUAUGCUUACUAA